GACGUGACUGUCUCUGAUGGGAUGUGACUGUCUCUGAUGGGAUGUGACUGUCUCUUUUUCGACUUCAGUGAUAGAAUGUGCCUGUAUCUAUCUAAAGUCUUAAGUUUUCGGAUUUACAAGGCGGGUACCUGUCUCUAUUCAAAGUACACUCUUUCGAAUUCACAUAGGAUAGGACAGCAUAGGAUCUGAAAGUCUUUUUACAGCCUAAUUUUCCGAUUUUACAGUGAUAGGAUGUGACUGCCUCUAUUCCAAGGGACUUUCCAAGGAUCAACUCAACACUGUGAACCACCAAAAUAUCGUGCGUGGAAAAAAAAAUUUCACGAUAUUUGUCCUGACACCCAUAUUACGAUAUACCUUUCAGUUUUUUCGAUUUUUGAUUUCGCACGUCCCGAAAUCCGUAGAAAGAAAAAUACGAAAUCUUUUGAUUUACAGUGGUAGGCCAUAGCUGCUUGAAAUCACUGCGUAAUGCUCAAAAGUGACAUCGUGAAUCGUAUGUAGCCCGCUCUUUGGAAAUGAUUUGAUCGUUUAUGUGAAAACAUGAGCUUUAUAUAAUUGGGGCCUUAAUAAACUGUAAAAGACGCUUAAACAGUCAAAGAAACGUGUUUUGCUGGGACACUUUGACGGACGCAUUUUGACUAACUCCUUUGAGAAUGCAUUUUGACGACAUCCUGAUCCAGCUGGGCGAGCUUGGGAAAUAUCAAAUCAUCUUGGUAUGUUUGCUUAAUUAUGCUGGGAUCCUCAUCGGCAUGACCUCACUGAGUAUGGUAUUCACUCUUGGCAUAGAAGACUUCAGAUGCGCCGUCCCAGAUGUAGCAAAUGGCACCUACCUCGUCAAGGAUGAGGCUCACGCUGCUCUGGUCAACGCAACAAUUCCACAAGGGUCCAAAUGCACAGUGUACGAUGGUGGGGUGAAUGGUACUGAGGCGAAGGAGAGGGCGUGUUCAAGAUGGGUGUAUGAGGAGAACUUAUAUCGGCCAUCAGCGGUCAUGGAGUUUAAUUUGGUGUGUGACAAGGCAAUCUUUCGGACCUUCGGAAGCACCGCCCUUAUUGUCGGGAUGUUGUUGGGCGCUAUCGUUGGUGGCAAAGUAUCUGACAGGUUCGGCAGAAAGAUUACUGUGAUUUUGAGCAUCGCAUCACAGGCCGUAGCUGUUCUUGUUAUUGCCUUCGCUCCCGACAUCUACACAUUCAUGGUGUUCAGGUGUGUCCUCGGAGGAUCCAACCUGGCCUUGUAUGGAUCAUCGUUCACUCUGAUCACGGAAAUGGUAGGACCAAGUAAGCGAGUGUAUGCUGCGCUGUUGGCAGCCAUCAGUUUCGCGGUGGGAGGCAUGUUGCUGACACCGCUCGCAUUCUUCUACCGAAAUUGGCGACAUCUGACACUUGCUACAGUGGCCCCAAGUGUUCUGUUAAUACCGUAUUGGUGGCUCAUACCGGAGUCCCCAAGAUGGCUGCUAAGUCGCGGCAGAAACGAGGAGGCGGAGAAGAUUCUACGCCAGAUGGCAAAGUUGAAUAGGCGCCCCCUCUCGGAUGUCAUGCUUAAAUCCAUUCAACCCAGCGAGGACCGUGUCAAGAGAGAGUCAUUUAUGAAGAUGCUGAAGCAGGGGAAACUGUUAGCAAGGCUUGCAAUAGUUUGCCUCUCAUGGGCCUCAGUGUCGGCCGGCUAUUAUGGCCUGCAUCUCUAUUCUGGCAGCAUGGUGGGAGAUUUCUACGUCAACUUCACUGUAGGGGUAUUCAUGGAUAUACCAGCAACAUUCUAUACCAUGUUCACCCCGACGAAGUUUGGUAGGAAAGCACCCCAUGUGCUUGCCCUCCUGGUUGCGGGCCUGGCCUGUGUUGCAAGCAUGUUUGUCAUCUUGUAUGGGCACAAUAGUGUCCUCUCCUGGCUGCCAACAACACUAGCUACAAUUGGUAAAUUCGGCAUCUCUGCAGCAUUUGGCUCCGCCUACCUCUACUCAGCUGAAUUGUUCCCAACAUCCGUGAGAAACCUUUCCAUUGGUAUCUCAUCCAUGUUCGCAAGGCUCGUCACCAUCGCGGCUCCUUUCUUGGCAGAUCUGGGUUCGCUCAUCCCAGGGCCAUUCUCCAAGGUGCUGCCAUUAGUGGUCUUUGGCUCCAUCCUGAUACUGGCCGGGAUAUCCAGUCUGUUUUUACCCGAGACUCAUGGGAAGCCUCUUCCAGAGACUAUCGAACAGGCACUUCACUGGGGCCGGGGGAGGUACAGGCGAAAAUCAUCACAGAAAUUGGAAAUGACCGAGAAACUUCGGGAGAAUGGAGAAGGUCAUCGACUGGAGAGCUUCAUCGAGGAUGAUGAGGAGGAUAGCACUGCAUGAAACGAAGGAGAUCCAGUCUGGGAUUCCAAGGGUUUAGCUUAGUUCCAAAGCUCCCGGGCCGGGAUUCCAGUACAGUAUGUAGUUUAAUCUAGCCGGAUUCCAGUAGUUUCCUGAAGAGGAUUGUUAAUUACAUAUCAAACUAAUGCAAGUUAUAUUAUAUUGAAUAAAAUGC